AUGAGCAGAUACGUCGCCUUCGAAGUCUAUUGGUACAUCGAGGAUGGCUUUGCCUUCGCCGCCUUCACUCUUGUUGCAAUUGCCAACGAGCUUCAAAUCUUUGUCGAAGACCACGCACCAGCCAUAGAGGAGGACUGCCUCCCGCAACCAGCGAUCCGCGUCUCGUUUUGA